AUGCACCGGUUAAUUUCGGCCCGGAACAUAUAUCAAAACAAUUUACAAGGAUUAAAUAAUUCUUCUCUUUUUGUUUUGAAAAACACAUUGGUUACAGAGGUAAAAUGCUCAUUUUGCCAAAGAAUCCUACAAUCAUCCUCUACUCCAGAAAACGUCUAUUCUAUAAGACAUCAAUCUACGAAAACAGCCAGUGCUCUUAAGACUCAUAAGAAAAAAAUCAAACACAAAGCUUAUAAAAAGUAUGGGGAACUUUUAGAAGUUAAUCAUGGAAGUAUGUUGGAAUCAAAAGUGUCAAUUAGUAAAUUACAUGCUUCUCACUUAUCAAAAUUAGCAUCAAGUUCAGUUUCUCUAGGACAACUGCAUCAACUGACAAAGCCUUUACAGAAAGUAAACAAUAUUGAAGUUGAUCCUGAGCUGUUGGAGACAGUGAAAAAGAAAAUUCUAAAGAAACCAUCUGAAAAUACUCUAGAAGAUGAUAAAUGUGCAUUAAUAUUUACAAAUCACAAAAUCACCGCUAUAGAAAAUAGAUUUAAAACAAAACAGUAUAAUGAUAUGGUCAAACAGAGUUAUUAUGAUUUUAGAAAAGCUACAUUAUUUGACCAAAGAUUACAGGACCUUAGAUAUGCCAUCAAUGAAGGUGUCACUCAAGAAUUUGAUUAUAAUGAGCCUUACAAAUCUGAAUCUUCAGUCACAGUUCCAAAGAGUCCACAUGCAGUAUUCCGAGAACUUUUUGUUGAUAAUCAAUUGUUGGAUAAUUAUGAUCAGGAACUCAUGGGCCAUUUGACCACUUUGCAAUUACAAGGUUUAUCACAUCAAGCACUAGAAGAAAUUUGUGAGGAUCCAGCUCUGCAGAAUGAGAUAGCUGAUAUUAAUCAGAGUGAUGACAUAGUAAAUUCAAAAAUUGAAGCAAUACAGAAUUUGGAUAUUAAAAAAGCGCAAAAGGCUUUGAAAGAUAAGCGUAAAAAAUUACGUGACAAGCGAAGAGCCGUGCAGGAAAUUAACAUGAAAGAAGAUAUAAAAGAACUGGAGCGGAGAGGGAAAGAAGAAGGAUUGCAAAGGACAUUGUCUUCACACUUGCAACUUCUCUGUUCACUGAAUAUGGUGGCUGAGGCUGAUCGAGUUCUAAAAUAUUAUAUGAUGAGAGGUUCAAAGAAUGCCCAACUGCCACAAGUGAACAAUGUUAAAAUAUACAACAUUCUCUUACAUGGACAUGCUUCCUUGGGGCAACUAGGCAAUGCAAAAUCAGUACUAUCACAAAUGCUUGACAAUGAUGUAGCUGUUAAUGCACAAACAUUUGCCGCUAUGUUUGAGUGUGUGGAGCGAAGCGAGGUUGAGGACAAGAACACAGUUUUGAGUUAUUAUAGACAAGUAAUGGAGGAAAAGGGCAUACAAUUAAAUGACCUACUCGACAAAUCAAAGUUCCUAUUUGAUCAACGUGAAACAGUCCUACAAGCUAUUCGACGUAUUGAACCACAUUUUGAACCCAAAUAUACACCGCCCCCUUUGGAUUAUAAUUGUCCCUUACUAAAUAAACUAAAACUGGAUAAUGUAGAUGACAGAAAAGGGUUAUUUAGAUCACCGGCAGAAGAUUUAUUAUCCUUUGAAGAAUUAAAGGCAAAAGGUGCAGAACAAAUAGCAAUGGAGAUGAACGGAGAAAUUGAUGUCGAGAAUAUUGCUUUAAAAGAUGAUGAGUCCGCUAGUGUUCGGGUAUAUCGGGAAUUAUGGAACGAUGCAGAAAAGGAAUGGCGUGAAGUUAUAAGGGAAGCGUUUAUACGAAAUUUGGGAACUCUCAAAUCACGAAGCAACGCUUCGCACUCGGCUAUCACGUUGUACCCAUAUCUUAAAGUGCUUGAGGUAGACGAGAUAGUGGAUCUAGUAAUGGGUGAGAUAACGAAGUUGGUGGAUGGAAGUGAGACGUACAGCCCCACACUCAAGUUGCUCCAGCGAGACUUGGGAGCUCAGGUGUACAGCAAAUAUCAAAUAGAUCAAUAUAAAAGGAAUGGUGUUCUUGAGAAAAUCGAAAAAGUCUACGAGAAAUACUGUAAAUGGUAUUUAGAAAGAUUUCCUCUGGAUGACACGGGGCGAGCGUACAAUGGGCGUCAGGCUUGGCAAAUCAUAGUGCAUCAGAACAGCGUGGGUGCUAGUUUGGAUAUAGAAGAGAAUCCAUGGUCGCAGGAAAUCCGACAGAAUAUUGGCAAAUUCCUUUACAAUAUCAUUAUUAAUGAUAUCAAGAUUGAUGUGAAUCUCUUUAAGCCCAAAACCAAAGUUAAAAAACUCCCAGCGGUGUAUAAAGUCCACCGUCCGUGGGGUCGUUAUUACCGCCUGGAGUUGAAACCUCACCCCGUGCUCAUACGUCUUUGUGCGGCCACGUCCCGUCCGGCGUUGCGUAUGCGCACGUCUUUGGCGCCCACCGUGUCUCCGCCCACGCCUUGGCUCACUGCCACUACGCCAGCUGCUUAUUUGUUGACUGGCACGCCGCUAGUAAGAAUGCCAAUUUAUGUGAUGAGUCAAAUGCAACGACUAAAAGAGGCCCCUCAGGCGGAUUUGUACCCAGUACUUGAUAGUUUGAACCAAUUGGGUGAAGUCCCGUGGGUCAUAAACCAACCCAUACUCGAUUUGCAGCUGAAACUGUUUCGAUCGGGCGGUGAUAAAAAGCUAGACAUUCCACCUCCCGCUUCCUCUCUACAGUUAUCAGAAAUAGAAGCGCCAUCAAACGGUUCGGAGGCCAGCGCUUCAUACAAACGACGAAUUGCCUUGAACCGCGCACGCGCAGAUAUGCAUUCGCUGUGGUGCGAUUCGCUGUACAAGCUGUCUUUGGCCAAUCAUUACAGGGAACGAAUGUUCUGGCUACCACACAACAUGGACUUCCGCGGUCGCGUAUACGCAGUCGGCCCGCACGUGUCCGCUCUAGGUGCGGACGCGGCACGUGCGCUUCUCAUGCUCGCCCGCGAAAGGCCGCUGGGCAAACGUGGCCUCUAUUGGCUUAAACUACACGCUAUCAACCUAACUGGGACUAAAAAAAGGAGUACGGUACAAGAGAGGAUAGAAUACGCAGACAGCAUAAUUGACCAGAUCCUAGACUCGGCAGACAAUCCGUUAGAUGGCGCUGGUUGGUGGAAGAAUUCUGAGGAGCCCUGGCAAACCUUGGCCUGUUGUAUGGAGAUAGCCAAAGCCGUACGGUCACCCAACCCCGAAGAGUACAUGUGUGGAUUCCCCGUACACCAAGACGGAUCCUGCAAUGGCCUGCAACAUUACGCAGCUUUGGGCGGAGACUCUUCCGGGGCCUCGGCUGUUAAUCUUGCGCCUUUGGAUCGACCGCAAGAUGUUUAUAGCGAAGUCGCUGCAUUGAUUGAAACAAUGCGAAUCCGUGAUGCUGAAGCUGGUGUCCAGCCAGCGAUCAUCUUGGACGGGUUUGUCAGAAGAAAGGUGAUCAAACAGACGGUUAUGACCACUGUCUAUGGAGUUACCAGGUUCGGGGCCCGGCUGCAGAUCGCUAAGCAGCUUAAAGAUAUAGACGAUUUCCCCAAGGAGCACGUUUGGUCCUGUUCCCAAUAUCUCACGACGAAGACCUUCGACAGUCUUCGGGAGAUGUUCACUUCAACUAAACUUAUACAGGACUGGUUCACCGAUUGUGCCAAGUUAAUAUCGGGCGUGUGCGGGGAAAGUGUCGAAUGGCGAACACCUUUAGGCCUUCCCGUGCUGCAGCCCUACUACCGUCGUGCUAACUCUAGCACCUCCCCUUGCGCGCCGCCUGUCGACUUGCACCAACGUCCAUGCACAAUGAAGCAACGGAACGCGUUUCCGCCAAAUUUCAUCCAUUCCCUGGACUCGUCCCACAUGAUGCUGACGGGACUCCAUUGUGAGGCUGCGGGGGUGACCUUCGUCUCGGUGCAUGACUGCUUUUGGACGCACCCUGAUACCGUCGACCAAAUGAACCAGAUAUGCCGUGAACAAUUUGUUGCACUUCACUCACAGCCCAUACUCAAUGAUUUGUCGGAAUUCAUGGUCAAACGAUACAGCUACUCAGAAAAUGAAAUACAAAAUGGCGCUGUCGGUAUCUCAAACAAGAAACGCGUAAAUGCUUUACUACAAAAAGUGCCAGAAAAAGGAGAUUUUGACAUUAAUAGUGUUUUAAGAUCUGUGUACUUUUUCAGUUAA